AUGGUCCGCAUCGCUGUCGCCGCUCUCCUCACCUUCGCCGUCUCCGUCUUCGCCGUCGGUGACCCCGCCGGCGCCGCCAACGUCGGCAACGGCCAGGGCAAGCAGUUCAUCACCGGAGGCUGCACCGCCGACGCCGACUGCGCGUCGGGCUGCUGCGCCGGCCUCAAGGACGGCGCCGUGUGCUCCGCCAAGGACGUUGCCAACGAGCAGGGCAAGCAGGGUUGCGGCUUCGGCGGCGCCGCUGCCGGUGGUGGUGGCAAGAAGCAGAACGGCGACGCUGGUAAUGCUGGUAACGCUGGUAACGCUGGCAACGCUGGUGGCAACAACGCCGCCGUCCCUGACGCCGCCGGCUCUCAAAACGUCGGCAACGGCCAGGGCAAGCAGUUCAUCACCGGCGCGUGCACAUCCGACGCCGACUGCGCGUCGGGUUGCUGCGCCGGCAAGGGCAACGGCGCCGUCUGCUCGGCACGCGCCGUCGCCAACGAGCAGGGCAAGCAGGGCUGCGGCUUUGGCGGUGCCGGCGCUGGUGCCGGUGGUGCUGGCGGUGCCGGUGGCAAGAAGCAGGCCGGCAACGGCGCUGCCAACAACGGUGCCGACGGCCAGAACGGCAACGGUCAGCUGUGCGCUCGCGAGUGGACUGCUUAA